ACAGCAUAGUACGAGACAAACAACGAAGGGCGGCCUCUAAAUCGUCUUUUGUAAAGCCUUGCUUUGAACUAAUAAUUUCGUUUUGUCAGUUAUGUUGCGCUGAAUCAAUAAUCGGAAGUGCUAGUAGAUAUGAUUAUGGGGAGUAUCUUCGAAUUCAGAAUGAAUUCAAAUUGAUUUGAAGUUGCCGCGCUCUUUAUUGACGGUCGGACUAUAUCAAUUUGCCAGCGUUGGCGUCUACGCAAGUGAUGUUUGUACACAAAACCCUAGUCGGUAUGCUUCGGCUAUUGGCUACAUCGCCGGUGUCUCCGCCUGAUCGAAUUUAACGAUAAGCGGUCAAUUCAAUUUACAAUGCUCUGAAGACGGCAAGGAGUAACCGCGCUGUGUGUGAAUGGGUUUCGCAAAACGCGAAAUAAAGGAAAGCUUCAAAAAAUUAAAAUGUUGUUAACGGUGUUGCCGGUAAAAGCUAGGUAGCCUAGUAAGGAAAAGCCAUCUGUUACGAUGCCUGUGGACAUCGCACAGCUGGCCGAGGGAUGGCGGGAGUUAGAAAGCGAUCCAGGAGUAUUUACGCUUCUUCUAGAAGACUUUGGAGCGACUGGCAUCCAGGUAGAAGAGAUCUACGAUUUGGAACGGCCUAUCGAUUCCCCAACAGUUUACGGUUUUAUUUUCCUCUUCAAAUGGAUUGAAGAGCGAAGAGCCCGGCGCAAAAUUGACGCUGACUCCGAAGCAAAACUUGUUACAAAUGAAAAUAUCGUCAACUCGAUGUUUUUCGCACAACAGAUUGUACCAAACUCUUGUGCCACCCAUUCGCUUCUUAGCAUCCUACUCAAUUGCCCGCCAGAUAUCGAGCUUGGACCAGCGCUUACUCGUCUCAAAAUGUCCACGCUGGGCAUGACGCCAGAGAACAAAGGUUAUGCGAUUGGAAAUACUGCGGAAUUGGCGCUAGCCCAUAACUCGCACGCAAAGCCUGUGCAUGGGUCCACUUCUGGAUCCGGUUCUAGUAGCCAGGGCAGUGGAGCCACAAUUGGAAGCCGAGCUACAGUGGAAGCCUUUCAUUUCGUAUCGUACGUGCCGGUUAAUGGACGCCUAUACGAGCUGGAUGGCUUAAAAGGUUAUCCGAUUGAUCACGGACCCGUCGAGGAGGACUGGACCAAACGCUUCUUCCAAGUAAUCAGUGAACGCAUCGGGGCAUGCAAGGCAGAAAUCCGCUUUAACCUUAUGGCACUUAUCCCCGACCGACGGAAAGCCCUUUCUAAUCGAUUGGAGAAACUACGCAAUGACAGACGCAACGUGGUUGAUGUUAUUAGCAGUGUGGCUAAUUACAAACUAAAGUCGCAAGCAUCACAUAUUGAUACAAUGCAUAACUACGCCAAGGAUGCCGAUCUUGAGCUGCUAGCCGAAUAUAUUACUGAGGGUCACCCAAAGCAGCCGAAGUACGAGCUGUGUUCAGGAAGUGAGUACUCGGAUGAGGAAGAGACAAGAAGAGACGGUGAAUGCCUAGAGUCUCAAGAGAAUGUCCUACUUUCACCCAGGUCACUGCGCUGUGAACGACGAAGCGCUUCUAAGGCCCUUUCUAAACCAAAUAGAAAGCAAAGGCGAUCAGAUCUCGAAGGAGGUGACCUAACCGAGCGAAUUGGGAAGUUGCUUCAACUUAAUGCAGAUGCUUAUGAGGACGUGUCAGCAAAGGAUCUACUCGCACUACUUAAAGAUGUUGAUAAUGAGAUUAGCUCCGUCGAGUCGCUUAUUGCAGACGAGAAAUACAGGAGGGAUAAGUAUGUCGUUGAUGAUUGUCGGCGGACCCAUAAUUACGAUCCAUUUAUUUGUACAUUUGUAUCAAUGCUAGCUGAUCAAGGCCAUUUAGCCAUGCUAUUAGAAGAACAAUUUAAACGAAAGGGCGUAUUCCUUAAAGGUAUGGUACGGGACGAUUCAGCAACGGGUGCAAACAGCAACAAAAAGAAGAAGGUUUCUCAACCAAAUAAAAACAACAAAAAAAAAACACAGCCAAAAAAAUAGGCUAUUCCAAGUCGAAAAACAAACUGCGUUUUCUAAAGCUUGUGACUUUCAACGAACUUAAAUAUGCAAAUACAGAACAUUCUAGGUUAACUAAGCAAACAAGGCGCCUGUUUGUUUUCUAUACCCAUUGUAUAGUAUAUUCGCUGUGUAGAUAUAAGUAGAGUCUGAAUGAUUUACAAUGGUGCUGUUGAUUACGCCAUUCCCAAACGUGAGGCAGAAUCACCGCAAUCAUUUGAUUCUUGGAUCUGUAUAUAUGCUAUGUGUAUAA